UUAUCUACUUUGAAAACAUGGAUGCCGUCCCAUCCUCUUCCUGAAACCAUAUCCUUGACUAAUGCACAAUGUAGUCGGCUUCUAAUUAGCUAAUUUAAUUUAAUGUUUAAAACGCUGAAAACACAUUGAUAGCCUUAGUUAACAAUGAGUUUAGAUUUACAGAUUCCAAUAUAGAAAUACUACUGAUAUGCUAAAGAGCUUUUCCAGCUUUGAAAAAUAAUAGUGACAGACUAUUCAAACCUUGUUUAGCUGUUAAUCCUUGAAUUUAAUCAACUCUAAUUAAGAUGAGUUCACAGUCUGCUGGGCGUAGAAGAAGCAAUAUGCGGCAGCAGUAUUCAGCUGAAGAUCAGGCUUUAAAUAUGAUUUCAAAAGAAGCAGAAGCACGUCUUGCGGCAAAACGGGCAGCUAGAGCAGAAGCUCGAGAAAUAAGGAUGAAAGAAAUUGAAAAACAAGAGAAAGAAUCUGAAGGCAAGCAAGAUAGAGUAUAUGAGCUAACAAAUGAACAUGUAUCUUCAAAGAUGAGGCAGUUGUCAGGUUCUAGGUCAGGCUCCAGACGGGGGAGUACAGAGUCAAAUGAUUCUGAUGUUAAAGAUGUGGAUUUUAAGAAAAGAAGUGCUAAACUGGCAGAAAUUAGAGAACUGGAAGAGAAAUACAAAGCAGCCAUGAUGACCAGCGCCCAGCUGGAUAAUGAGAAGCAAUCCCUGGUGUAUCAGGUGGAGCUUUUAAAAGAUCAGCUAGAGGAGCAAGAUGAGGGUUACACUGAGCUGCAGAGAGAAUACAAAGAAAAAAGCAGGGAGUAUGAUUUCAUGAAGAGGGAUCUUAAAGCUAUGGAACAUGAAUUAGGCAUUCUGAAACAACAAUUAGAAAUUAAAGAUCGGUUAAUAGAGGAGAGUGGCUUUGUUAUAAUGGCCAAUGACAAGGGUGAGCCAGUCCUGGAGAAACAGUCUACAACUACCAAUGGUCCACUACCUACCGGUGCUUUCUUGGUAUCUUCUGAAACAAAAGAUUUCUUGGAGAAGUCACCUGGUGUAACUUUAGGUACAACAGUCAGUGGCAGUCAUUUUAUUUCCAGUAGUGUUGUUGGUGUUGCCUCCUCUUGUCCUGUUGAUGCUGUCCACCCAUCUGAAAAUGAAACUGAUCCAGCUCUGACCUCAGGUUGCAGAGUUGGAGAGAAAGUUUCAUCCUCAGGUGCUUGCAGAGACCGGGCGUUAGAUGAGGCGGUGCAUGUUAGUUGUUUAAACAGCAUGGAAUUGUUAGCAAGUGAGCAUGAGAAAGGUAGUGCAGAGGCUUGUCCAGGAACAGGUCCUGAUAUGGUGGACUCAGUGGGAAGCUCCUUCUUACAACUUCCAUCAGAACUUUCCUCUAGGCCUCGCAAAUCAGGAGAGGAAGAGUCUGAUGCUGAAGAAUUUUAUGAUGCUAUAAGUACUCCCUCCCCAUUUGAAAAAGUUUCUACUGACUUUGGUUCAGAUCCCGUAAAGAACAAAAUAAAUAUUAGCUUAGAAGGGGGCCUGGAAAGUACUGAAUCCUGUCAGUCUGCACUGGAGCUAGCUAGUCAUAGUUCACUCAAUGGAAAUGAUGACCACAACAAAGAUGUUAAAAGCAAAAUGGACAAAUCUGAGCAAGCCAUAGAAAGUUCAGAAACAGUGGCUGAAAAUGAAAACAAAAUGGACAAAACUGAUGUUGAGCAAGCCAUAGAAAGUUCAGAAACAGUGGCUGAAAAUGAAAACAAAAAGGACAAAACUGAUGUUGAGCAAGCCAUAGAAAGUUCAGAAACAUUGGCUGGAAAUGAAAACAAAAUGGACAAAUCCGAGCAAGCCAUAGAAAGUUCAGAAACAGUGGCUGAAAAUGAAAACAAAAUGGACACAUCUGAGCAAGCCAUAGAAAGUUCAGAAACAGUGGCUGAAAAUGAAAACAAAAAGGACAAAACUGAGCAAGCCAUAGAAAGUUCAGAAACAGUGGCUGAAAAUGAAAACAAAAUGGACAAAACUGAUGUUGAGCAAGCCAUAGAAGGUUCAGAAACAGUGGCUGAAAAUGAAAACAAAAUGGACACAUCUGAGCAAGCCAUAGAAAGUUCAGAAACAGUGGCUGAAAAUGAUAAAAUGGACAAGUCUGAGCAAGCCAUACAAAGUUCAGAAGCAUUGGCUGGAAAUGAAAACAAAAUGGACAAAUCUGAGCAAGCCAUAGAAAGUUCAGAAACAGUGGCUGAAAAUGAAAACAAAAUGGACACAUCUGAGCAAGCCAUAGAAAGUUCAGAAACAGUGGCUGAAAAUGAUAAAAUGGACAAGUCUGAGCAAGCCAUACAAAGUUCAGAAACAGUGGCUGAAAAUGAAAACAAAAUGGACAAAACUGAUGUUGAGCAAGCCAUAGAAAGUUCAGAAACAGUGGCUGAAAAUGAAAACAAAAUGUACACAUCUGAGCAAGCCAUAGAAAGUUCAGAAACAGUGGCUGAAAAUGAAAACAAAAAGGAUAAAACUGAUGUUGAGCAAGCCAUAGAAAGUUCAGAAAUAGUGGCUGAAAAUGAUAAAAUGGACAAGUCUGAGCAAGCCAUACAAAGUUCAGAAACAGUGGCUGAAAAUGAAAACAAAAUGGACAAAACUGAUGUUGAGCAAGCCAUAGAAAGUUCAGAAACAGUGGCUGAAAAUGAAAGCAAAAUGGACAAAACUGAUGUUGAGCAAGCCAUAGAAAGUUCAGAAACAGUGGCUGAAAAUGAAAACAAAAUGGACAAAACUGAUGUUGAGCAAGCCAUAGAAAGUUCAGAAACAGUGGCUGAAAAUGAAAACAAAAUGGACAAAACUGAUGUUGAGCAAGCCAUAGAAAGUUCAGAAACAGUGGCUGAAAAUGAAAACAAAAUGGACAAAACUGAUGUUGAGCAAGCCAUAGAAAGUUCAGAAACAGUGGCUGAAAAUGAAAACAAAAUGGACACAUCUGAGCAAGCCAUAGAAAGUUCAGAAACAGUGGCUGAAAAUGAAAACAAAAUGGAUAAAACUGAUGUUGAGCAAGCCAUAGAAAAUUCAGAAACAGUGGCUGAAAAUGAAAACAAAAAGGACAAAUCUGAUGUUGAGCUACCAACAGAGAACUCUGUUGUUGAAUCUGAUGUUCAAACAGAGAAGAAAUGUGAAAAAGUUGUCCUAGAAGAAACUGAAACAUUAGAUCCAAAUGAUAAUAUUAAGGCCACUGCCUUUGAUGAGGAAAUAACUGUAGAACAGCUGAGAGAAAAAUACCCUGAGGUUGAAAGCCCCAGUACAGGGCAAGAUCUAGUGAGAUCACUGAGUCAUGGAGAGUCUGAGACAUCAGAAGCUCCAGAUGAUUAUAACCUAGAUGACAUUGAUGACAUACUUGACACACCACUCACAGAUGAUGCUGCAAAGGAGGUUGAUCUUGAUGCAUCCACUGUAUCUGAAGAUGCUCAGAAGGGUCAUGUUGAUGCUUCAACUUCAGUUCAACAAUGCACUAGACCUUCAGAGGUUGUUCCUGAAAAAGUAGCAUCUGUUGAAAUGAAACCAGUCAAGCUAGAAACACCAGAAAAAAAUGGGGCUGAUAAAAAAGAAAAGCCUUCAAAGGGCAAAGGGAGUACAAAGGAAAGUAAAAAAAGUAAAGAAUCAAAAUCUAAAAGUAAAUCAGAGAAAAGAGAAUCUCAGGCUUCACUUGAAGAUGAUUUAGAAGGAACUUUAGAAAAACAACUUAGUGAAGCAGGCAUAUCAAAAUCUCAUAAGAAAUCUAAAAAGUUCAGCUUGUUAAAAAAAGUUUUCAAGUAAUGACUUAGCCUUAGCUAUAAGAUGUCAUUUCUGAUAUUUUGCUCUACUUACUGCUUGUUGUAGUGUUUGCUAUCUCAUGUUGCUGUGAUUUUUACUCAUUCUUUUUGUGCAUAGUCUUUCAUAUCCUUAUUAUACUAUUAUAUUUGUAAGAUAUAAAAUCAUGUUUCCUAGAUUUUACUUAAUCAAAAGCUGUAUUUUCCAUUUUUAAUCUAAAGAUAACACUUCAACAAAUGUUCUUCAUAUCAAUCAGUUUGAUUCUAGUUUUUACAAAAAUAACUUGUGUCAGUAGAUGCGUAUCAAAUACUCCACCCUUUAAAAAAAUUUUCAUAAUGGUUUUAAAAAUGUAAAUGUAACAAAUGUAAAAUUUCAUCUUGAACCAAGUUUGAUAAAUACUAGUAGAUUAUUGCUUGCUGCUCAUGUAAUAACCAUGUGUGUAGUUUAUUUUGCUGUGAUUUCAUUUUUUUGUAUUUUAUAUUUACUUUUGAGGUAUGUGCUGUAUGGGUGAAAAAAAAUUGAAAUAGUUGUGGCGAGUCAAUUGUUUAGGAACAAUCACUGGAUACAUUCCCUCAGAUUUUGUACUAGAAGAUUUUACAUUGCCAUAUAUUUUGUUUUCAUAUAUGGGAUUUAUUUUUAUGUAUAUAUUUUCCUGGAAAAUGUAGUAUUAUCAGGGUUGGAUUUCUGUGUUGCAAUAAAUCUGUCAGGCAGAGUCAAGUUAAAACCAGUUUUUAAAUACUUUAGUCCAUUCUUUUUAUAGCAGUACUGAGAGUGUAAUUUAUCUCUCGAAGCACUUAAAACCAGUUUUUCAAGUAUACUCUAGAAGCAUUAAUGCAAGUAUACAUUAACUCUAGAAGCAUAAAUUCAUGUAUACAUUUGCUCUGAUAGUUACAAAGACAACUAAUUGGAAUUCAAAAUGAAGUUUUUGAAACUGUUCAUGCUAUAUAUUAUAAUCUUAAUAAUCUUAAAUGACUUCUGUAUCACUUAAUUUUGUAUCUGGAUUUUGAAGUAUAUUUUAAAUGUUUAUAUAAACAUUUAUAUAUUAAUUGCUUUCACUAGCUGCAUAUGCUUUUGGCAAUAUUUUUUAUACCAAGUUAAAUGUCUUAUAUUGAUGAUUUCUAUGUUAAUAUCAGUAAAUUAAAAGCAUGCUACUUAACCAAAUCAAAAAUUUCUCAAUUACUGUCAAACUAGUGCAUGAAGAAUUAGGGCUCAAUUUUUGUUUGUUUGUUGCAUAAUAUUGUUUUAUCCUGAUUGACAUAUUCAAAAGUUUGAAUUGGAGGGUAGAUAACUUUUAAAAGACAGUGUAUAUUUUACUCUGAUUUUGAAUAAAGAAAAUAAUGGUA